AUGGCCCUGGUAGAAGAGUUGGAAGCAGAUGCGGAGCCAGGUGAGCCAGGGGAGGUGGAAGAGGAAGCGGAAGCCCCGGCAGUUCGGGAGAAAGACGCGGAUGGCUGGGAGGACUUGAUGGAAGGAAAAGUUCGAAAAAGGACCAUCAAGGAGGGCGAAGGCGAGGAACCCGAGGUGCAGCGGGAUGUGCUCUGCAACUAUGAGGUCCGCAGAUCUGCCGAGGGAGAGAUCCUGCAGCGGCGGAAGCUGGCACGGUAUCGCAUAGGAGAAUCCGAGGCGGUGCCCGGGCUAGAGCUGGUACUGCGGCAUAUGCGCGUGGGUGAAGAAGCUGAAGUCUCCUGCAUCAGUCGCUUCGCCUGGGGCCCCGUCGGCUGCCGAGCGGCCGAGCCCGGCGAGAGCGAUGUGCCGCCGGACACGGACGUGUACUUCCGCGUGAAGCUGUUGGACCUCUUCCCCCAGCCAGCGGAAGGUCCAGAUUGGACCCAGCGCGUGCAGGAGCUGGAGUGGAGGAAGAAGAACGGCAACGACCACUUCAAGCGCAAGAAUAUGCAGCAAGCCUGCAAGUGCUACGAGAAGGGCAUGCAGGAGACUUGGUUCGGGCAAAUGUUAUAA